CUGUUUCACCAUCCGUAUUACGUCAUCAACACGAGCCACGAGUCUUGACAUUCAAACGCGUGCUCUAUGUUUUCGUGUGUUUCUGACCUUUAAAGUGAACCCGGGAGCUGCAAAACAUAAAGGGCAUGUCCGGACGUCUAUUAUCUGUCCAUGCGAAAUGGAUAAUCGGGCAGGUGAUCGGAACCAAGAUGAAGAAGACGGCCAAGGUUCGAGUUACCAGACUUGUGCUUGAUCCGUACCUGCUCAAGUACUACAACAAGAGGAAGACCUACUUUGCCCAUGAUGCUUUGGAGCAGUGCACUGUUGGGGAUAUUGUUUUAUUGAAGGCUUUGCCCGAAAAAAGAGCCAGACAUGUCAACCAUGAACUCGCAGAGAUUGUGUAUAAAGUUGGGCAGGUGGUGGACCCGCUCACCGGGAAGAAGGUUGCUGGAACGCGGUAUCUGGAGCCUCUUACAGAAAGCACAGAAGACACAGAAGUAUCUUUAACAGAAAAACUGGAGCAACUAAACAUUACUGCCUCCACACCUCCUUCAACCUCAUAGUAUUGUGUUUGUCCUUAAUGAAUGUACAUAACUCAUGUCCUGAUUUUCACAUAAAAUAUAGUCACAGUG